CGAUACCUUCCGCCGGAGACCCUGAUGAAGAGGAGGUUCACCACCAAGAGUGACGUGUGGGCCUUCGCUGUCACGGCCUGGGAGAUCAUAUCGGGAGGCAUGCUUCCGUACUGGGAGCUGGCGGAUGAAGCAGAGGUGAAGCGUAAGGUGUCGCAGGGCUACCGACUUGCGAGGCCGCAAGAGCUUGACAACCACUGGGAGCAGCUCUGGAAGACCCUGAGAGACUGCUGGGAUACAAACCCCAAGGCCCGUCCUUCUUUUCAGGACAUC